AUGGACCAGGUUAGUUGUCAUUUUAAUUUACCUCGUUAUUUUGCUGCAUUAUCUCUGCUCCUGAGCUCGUUAUGCUCUUUCUCAAUCUUCCAGUACGAGAAGGUUGAGAAGAUUGGUGAAGGAACCUAUGGCGUUGUUUAUAAGGCUCGAGACCGCACCACCAAUGAAACAAUCGCUUUAAAGAAGAUUCGCUUGGAGCAGGAAGACGAGGGUGUACCUAGCACCGCAAUCAGAGAAAUUUCUCUCUUGAAAGAAAUGCAGCAUGGAAAUAUCGUUAGGUUGCAGGAUGUAGUGCAUAGUGAGAAGCGUCUAUAUUUGGUUUUUGAAUAUCUGGACUUGGAUUUGAAGAAGCACAUGGAUUCAUGCCCAGAAUUUGGGAAAGAUCCACGAAUGAUAAAAACAUUCCUUUAUCAAAUUCUCCGUGGCAUUGCUUAUUGUCAUUCUCAUAGGGUUCUUCACCGAGAUCUAAAACCACAAAAUUUGCUGAUAGAUCGCAGCACCAAUGCACUAAAGCUUGCUGAUUUUGGGUUGGCCCGAGCAUUUGGUAUUCCUGUCAGAACAUUUACACAUGAGGUGGUUACCCUAUGGUACAGAGCACCAGAAAUACUGCUUGGGUCCCGUCAUUACUCUACACCUGUUGAUGUGUGGUCAGUGGGCUGUAUAUUUGCUGAGAUGGUGAAUCAGCGGGCAUUAUUUCCUGGGGAUUCUGAGAUUGAUGAACUGUUCAAGAUCUUCAGAAUCUUGGGUACUCCAAAUGAGGAUAUAUGGCCUGGAGUGACUUCAUUGCCUGAUUUUAAGUCUGCUUUUCCGAAGUGGCCGCCUAAGGUAGCAUUAUUGGCUACAGUUGUCCAAUCUGAAUCAGCUGGCAUUGACCUCCUUCUGUAAUUUCAGAAAAUGCUGUGCAUGGAUCGAGCAAAAGAUACAGCAAGAAGUGCACUUGAGCAGAAUACUCAAGGAUAUGGGUUUGUACCCUAAUAGGGCCAUUUAUCCAUCUUCCUGAGAAGUGUCUAUAUUGAUGUAGCAUCUUGUGGGUUUUGAUUGUGAGAAAUAGUGUGGUCUAUUAUAAGUUUG